AUGUGAUCAGAUGUAAAAUGUGAUGUGUGUGAUGUGAAAUUGUAGUGAUCGGACGUGUGAUGAUGCCCUUUGGCAGUGUUUAGUUUAACUACGCGUGUGAGUUAGUCCUUGCCCGGAUGAAUGACGAUGAUGCGUGCGAGGGACCAUCGGGUUGUUGAUACUCCGUUGUCCAAUGCUUCUAGAAACAUUGGACCAUCCGGUGCCGAUGAGGAAAUGCGCUAAGUAACGAGUGCAGUUGAUAGUGUUUGUGAGUCGUCGGUGUGAAUCGGGAACCUCGGCAUAAGGCAAACAAAAAAAGAAACACAAUAUGUUUGGACGUACCGAAACCAACAAGGACAGUUUUCUCGUCCAAACGAAAGCGGCACGGGAAGAGCGUGCCAAUGAACGGGCACAGGAAGAACGGCGGGACCGUUCGAUAUUGCUGCUUCAGCGCAACAUCCGCGGAUGGUUGGCUCGUACCAAAUUUCGCCAAACAAUUCUCACUGAAUUUGACGAACUGCUUCCACCGGUCACAAAUGUCGGUAAACCGAUCGACCUUAAACCGAGCCUUGCCGUGUAUUGUGCCGCCAGCCACUUUCUGCUCCAGUGGAAAGCGGAAACGAGCGCACCGGAGUCGGCACCGCAUCGGGAACGGCUGGAACGUUUGUGUCGCUAUUUAGUCGCUAGCCUUGAAUCGGAUUCACCCAAAACAAGCUACAUUGGUGUUGCGUUCAAUAAGGAACUAAGCUUAGCCUGGAUACGCCACAUCAAGAAGCUGCUGUACCGAUGCUGUACCGUGAUCGAGCUGCUUAAACCCGAGGUACACAGCGAUAGCAUAUCAUUGGCCUUAUAUCUGCACACGCUGGUCGCGUUUACGUCGAUCAACAGUUGGGCGCUGUUGCGCAAUAAAUCGUUGGCCGGCCUAAAGCCCGGUAUGAUGCAGCUGUGCGCGAAUGUGAUGGGCGAUCUCGUACAGAAAGGGUUCUAUCUAACGUUGCGCCAGGUGCUGGUAAAAGGCACCUGUCGGCCGGUAGUGAACCUGAAACCCAUCUCACUUACCGCGCUUGUAACGCUUGCCCUACGGCCGCUCGUAUCGUCCGGGUAUAGCGAGAACCUUCUCAGCCAAUUUCUGGUGCAGAUCCUCUCCGUACCGGGUAUGAUCGCGCAGCUCGAACAGCUCACGCCCGAAUGUUUGGUAAGCAUUCAAUCGCACGGAACGCUGGAAAAAACGCUCGAUCUGCUGGCCGGUGAACAGUCGACCAAGUUUGUGGUGGCCAGCCUGCAGAAUAGCAAUCUGCUCGCGCUGCUUGCCAACCUGGUGCAGCUGUACUAUCUGGAGCCGCCGGAAAAUGCGGCCAAACUGGCCUAUCCCGCGUUCACGUUCGUCGUGACGCAGCUACUGAACGGUAUACUGACCAGCUUGGCCCAGGCCGGUGGUGCCUUCACGCAGUGGCACGAACUGCUCGGGUGGUUUUCGCCCGGCAAGGAUCGGCUGCAGCACGAAAAUUUACCGCUGAUCAAGAAACAGAUCCAUCUGCUGUGGAACCAUCGGAUCGUGAAGCUGCUGCUGGGUGACAAUCUGAAGGAGCUUGCGGUCGGGUACGAGACGAUCGAUUAUCCCAUCCCAACUGGUAACAGUACGGGGAACUUGUUGAAGCGUGCGCUCACAUUUGAGCGUAGCUCGAUGAAGGGACAACCGAACAAGGCGGGCAAAACGUACCGAAAGCUCGGGUCGGCUGAAGUAUCCCGGGUGGCACUAACCUGCUCGAUGUAUCACGCGGCACUGAGUGCGUUGUCACAGCUACGAUUGGACAUUCUUUCUGGUCUUUGCUAUAACGAUACGGUGCUACACGAUCUUUGGCUGCUGCUCGGAUCGAUCGGUCCGAACUGUGGUCUAAAAGGGUUCAUCGAGUUGCUGCAAGUUAGUCAAACGAAUUACGCACCCCCACUGCUGCUGCUGUCACUGUUUUGCGAUUGCAUGACCCACUACGUAACUAUUUUAGAUGAUUUGGAAAUGUACGAGCAGCAGACACCGUUCACGCUGAACGAUUACAUCGUGCUGUCGCACUUUUUGAACACAUUCCUGUACCGCACCAUUCAGGACCAGAUACUGGACGCCAAGACGGCAACCAGCGCACCGCUGUUCGUGUCCAUACACACGCUGCUGCUGUGCCUGUACCGGCGCGACUGUCGGCGUCAGUUUGCCCCGCCGAACCAUUGGCUGAUCCGUGACAUACGGCCGUCCCACUUUCUAGCCGAUCUGGAGAAGGGUAAAAAGCACACCCAGAUUCUGUUGCAGAAGAUGCCCCACAUAAUCCCGCACGAAGACCGGGUGCAGCUGUUCCGGAAGUUUGUACAGAAUGAAAAAGCGGUACUCGGGUUGACGGAAUCGGCCUGUGCCUCACCGAGCUCCGCGCUGGUCACCGUCCAUCGGGAUCGUAUCGUGGAGGAUGGUUAUCGGCAGCUGGCCGCAUUACCACCGCAUGGGCUGAAAGGUGUGAUACGGGUUCGGUUCAUUAACCAGCAGGGUUUGGAUGAGGCGGGUAUCGAUCAGGAUGGUGUGUUUAAGGAGUUUUUGGAAGAAACGAUCAAGCGAGUGUUUGACCCAUCGUUGAAUCUGUUUAAAACGACCACCGAACAGCGGCUCUAUCCAUCGCCCACCUCACACAUGCAGGAAAACCAUCUAGCCUUGUUCGAGUUUGUGGGGCGAAUGUUGGGCAAAGCGGUUUACGAGGGAAUCGUGGUGGAUGUACCGUUUGCGUCGUUCUUCCUCUCGCAGGUGCUUGGGCAGACGCAGCAAGCAUUGUACAGCUGCAUGGAUGAGUUACCGUCGCUCGAUAAGGAACUGUACCGUAGCUUAACGUUUAUCAAACACUACCAGGGUGAUGUAGCCGAUCUAGACCUAACGUUCAGCGUGGACGAGGAUGUGAUGGGAAAGAUAGUGACACACGAACUGCAUCCGGGUGGCAAGGCACGAGCAGUUAAUAACGAUAAUAAGAUUAAUUACAUCCACUACAUGGCUUACUUUCGCAUGCACACCCAAAUCCGCGAUCAGACGGCCGCGUUUAUACGCGGAUUUCGUUGCAUCGUUAAUCCGGACUGGUUGGCGCUGUUCUCCACACCGGAACUGCAAAGACUUAUAUCGGGCGAUACAUCGCCAUUGGAUUUGAAGGAUCUGCGCAAACAUACGCAGUAUUACGGUGGGUUUCACGACGGUCAUCGGGUGGUCGGGUGGCUGUGGGAUAUUCUUGCCAAAGAUUUCACCGAGGAGGAGAAAAAAUUGUUCCUCAAGUUUGUUACGAGCUGUUCGAAACCGCCACUGCUUGGCUUCGCUCAUUUGGAGCCCCCGUUUUCCAUACGUUGCGUGGACGUGGGCGAUGAUGAGGACAUCGGCGAUACGGUUGGUUCGGUCAUACGAGGGUUCUUUACCAUUCGCAAGAAGGAUCCACUGAACCGGCUGCCCACUUCAUCCACCUGCUUCAAUCUGCUCAAGCUGCCGAACUAUCAGAAGAAGAGCAUGCUGCGGGAUAAGCUCCGGUACGCAAUAUCUAGCAAUACCGGGUUCGAGCUGUCAUAAGCGGCGUUUGCGGCGUAACCGAUGUUUGCCGACGACCUUUCUUCCCUCUCGUGCCCGAUCCAAUCGGAACACACGUGGUGUAAUGCAGAUCAGGCAGAGGAUUCUUAUGAAUUUCGAUGAAGAUAUGUAAUCCAUUAAACUGUGAUAGUAAAGCGCGCAAGGAUAUUGAUUCGGGCGGCGAGAGCUCAAAAAUUGGAACGCGGACGCGGAUUUUUCGUAGUAGAAUAGAAAUUGUGGAGCUAACGAGCUCUGGAGCUCUCCGCCCAAUGAAUAUCAUAUCCCCGUGUUUGGUAUUUAGCAAAGCAACUGUGUGCAAUCGGCGAUCAAGCAACGGUGAUGUAUUGAACCCAGUGUUUUCGGUGUAUCACAACGUGUGACCCGUCGGUGUAUAUCAACAAGUAGAGUAUUUAUGGUAUUGCGUUUGGUACGAGUGUCCUUUUUCGUAUGAGUGUUGUGUGUGUGCGUGUGAUAAGGAAAAAAAGGAAAUUGUAUUCGUUGCAGCUAGGAGCCGAUAUGUAGUAUUCAUCUAAAGCGAACCUACAAAACGUAUCAAGUGAAACAGAACGUAUAAGUCAGAAAGGAACUGUGUUUAUUUUCUAAUCGAAAGCAUUAUAGGCAGUGCUGCGGGGUAGUGUGUAUAAAACCAAACAAUGAUAAUCCUAAUAUUUAUAUACUAUUGUAGCAAGAUAUGCAACUAUUUUUUGAACGUGUCUAAAACAGAUUAUGUGUGUUGCAUGCGACAAAACAAGGAAACAAACCAACAAGAAAAACCGUUAAAAACGGGCAGUACUACACAUAUUCUCACAAUCACACUAUCGGUGCAAACACCCGACCCAGUAAGGACCCGGUAAAACAGAUCUGCAUCAAUAAUUUAAAGAAGGUGCAUUAUGUUAACACGUACCGUUUUUCACACAACCAGAACACGGGCCGGUGUGCAUAAGAUAACACGUAAUUGAAACUCAAUCAUACACAAAUAGAUGAUGAAAACAUGUAUGGGUCCGAAUAUGAAUAAACGAUGUACUCUAGGGG